AUGAAGCCCAUAAUAGCUGUCACUGUAAUAGCUGCGCUCAUCUAUAGAGCGUGGUCGCGGAACUCGCUGACUCCUGUUGGCAUCCUUGCGGCAUUUGUGACAGCCGUCAUUCAUACCUUGCAUCCUUGGAGCGUUUUCACAGUACUACUUGGCGUCUUCUUCUUAGCCGGGAGUUCCGUCACUAAAGUCAAGCAUGACAUUAAAGCAAAGCUUACUCAGUCUGCGACUGGUGCAUCCGGUGGAGAAGGUGCGCGCAACCACAUCCAAGUGGUCGCAAACUCCGGUGUAGCCUCUGUUUUAAUACUGCUCCACCUCUGGCAGCUCAGGAAGGACGGACGAUACGAAGAUGAGGGUUGCUGUUGGACCGGAAACAGUGAUGUAUUGGUAACAGGCAUCGUAGCAAAUUACGCCGCAGUCGCUGCAGAUACCUUUUCAUCUGAACUUGGAAUCUUGUCGAAAUCCAAGCCACGCCUGAUAACCGCUCCAUGGCGUAUCGUCCCGCCUGGCACAAAUGGCGGGGUGACCACGACGGGUCUUGGUGCAGGACUACUCGGCGCGCUGGUAAUCUCCCUCAGCUCUACGAUGUUCAUGCCGUUUUGCAAAGACUGGAGCUUUGUUGAAAAGACAAAGUACACUCUUGCAUUGACAGCAGCUGGCUUUAGUGGAACACUCCUUGAUUCUCUUUUAGGAGCUCUCUUCCAGGCUAGCGUUGUUGACGUACACUCGGGCAAGGUUGUUGAAGGUGAGGGAGGAAGAAAGGUGCUUGUACACAGCGAUGUUAGUAGUCGAUCGGGGGGCAAAGAUGACAUUGCUAAGGCCAGCGGUACGGAUGCAGCAGCAUCGAUCGGGGCUUCGAAAACAAUGUUGAAAGCUGGAGCAAGUGGAACGGCGGUUGCAGACCCGCAGCAUGUGAGUAGAAAGAUUGAGGUUGGGAGUGAUUUGUUGGACAACAAUGCUGUCAACAUACUCAUGGCAGGCCUGUCUCUCCGCUUCGUCCCCGGCAAGGCGCACCCUGCGCAAACUACGCUUGAAACCUCUGCACCUUCAGCUCCCGGCGUCCACGAUACCCUUCGAUCUCGCCUUGGCCACACAUCGGUAGCACCUACCGCUUCGUCGUCAUCGACAGCACCAGUCGCUCUUCAAUCUGCCCAUCCGCUCGAGGCUCGUCUUGUCCAGUGGCGCGAUACCCAAGACCGUCUGAAGAUGGAGAUGCUGAGGCGGCAGUUUGGUAUUGCCGAACCCGUGCGUAGGGGUAUGGAGCUGAAGAUUGCUGAAGCGGGGGAGUGGAGACCAUUAGCACUGGGUGGAAGCAGCGGUGUUCACAAAGAUAUUCUCCAGGGACGGGAUUGUGAGAUUGGCUGGGAGGACGUAUUCACUGGCAACGAGCUGCGGGAAGUACCAGACUUCCACACGGAGAUUGAGAAGAAGAUGAAGAUGAACUGGUAG